AAUAUAUAAUCCGGACAUCUGAUACUCACGUGACCAGUCAUGUGAUCAGGAAGUAGACUUCACAACAAACCAUGAAAUGUGAAGUCGGUAUUUCCUAGUUUGGGUUUAUUUAGACAUUCUUUAUUUGCUAGAUUUUUUUGUUUGUUUGUUUUUUAGUUUCCUCAGAGAUUUCCAGAAGUUCAUUUAAAAAAUGGAGACAGUUUUUAUUGUGCUCGUCGCUUUAGUUUCUCUGUCGGCGGCUCGAUACUCCGCUGAUUGGAGCAGUCUGGACGGCAGACCGCUGCCCCCAUGGUACGACGAGGCCAAGCUGGGCAUUUUCAUCCACUGGGGGGUGUUCUCCGUCCCCGCGUUUCAGAGCGAGUGGUUCUGGUGGCACUGGCAGGGUCAGCAGCCCCCCGACCCGCAGUGCGUCCGCUUCAUGACCGACAACUACCCGCCUGGGUUCAGCUACCCGGAGUUCGCGCGGCACUUCCACGCGCAGUUCUUCCGUGCAGAGGAGUGGGCGGACUUGUUCGAGGCUUCCGGGGCGAAGUAUGUCGUCCUCACUGCCAAACACCACGAAGGAUUUACCAACUGGAAGUCUGUGAACUCCUGGAACUGGAACUCUGUUGAUUCCGGCCCUCACAGGGAUUUAGUGGGAGAGCUGGGAGAGGCAGUGCGCAACAGGUCCCUGCACUACGGACUCUACAACUCCUUAUAUGAGUGGUUUCACCCCCUGUACCUGAGCGACAAGAAGAGUGGCUUCAGGACGCAGGACUUUGUGAUGCAGAAGUUGCUUCCAGAACUUUACAACAUGGUCAUCAGGUAUCGACCGGAGCUGAUCUGGUCCGAUGGAGACUGGGAGGCGCCGGACACCUACUGGAACUCCACUGAGUUCCUGGCCUGGCUCUACAAUGACAGCCCCGUUAAAGACACCGUGGUGACCAAUGACCGGUGGGGGGCCGGCUGUGCCUGCAAACACGGUGGCUACUACAACUGCCAAGACAAGUACUCCCCAGGCCAACUGCCCGAACACAAGUGGGAGAAAUGCACAUCUGUGGACACUCUGUCCUGGGGUUACAGACGGAACAUGAAGAUCCUGGAACUCAUGGACCUGCCCACCAUUAUCAAGGAUCUGGUCAGCACAGUUGCUCUUGGGGGAAACUACCUUCUCAACGUGGGACCCACAGCUGAUGGAAUGAUCCCUGCCGUGUUUGAGGAGAGGCUUCGGGGCGUUGGGGCCUGGCUCCAGGUCAACGGAGAGGCCAUCUAUGGCUCCAAACCCUGGAGAGUCCAGAUGGAGAACGCCACUGUCCCAGUCUGGUAUACGUCCAAAGGCUCCUCCAUCUACGCCAUUGUGACCACAACCGCCCCCACGAUCACGCUGCAGCUGCUGACGCCUAAAACCUCAGCAGCCACUGAGGUGAUCCUGCUGGGGAGUCCUUCCCCGUUAUCCUGGGCCCCUCUUUACCCCAACGCCGGCCUGACCAUCCUCCUCCCAGAGCUGCCCUGUGCUCCAGGUCGAGCAUGGACGCUUAGACUGGACGGCGUCUCCUGAGUGGUCAAACCAGCAAAGAUGGCGGCUGAAAAUUCUGGUAUCACUUUGAAGGAGAAGACAGUGGUGGACAUUAUCUAAAGGGAGAACACGUUUGCCUUAAAGAAUGCAGCACUGCUACUCAGCGACUUCUUGAUUGGACUCAGCUUGUACUGUUGAUUUAAAUAAAGUUUAUGAACUUUUAUUGUUUCAUUA